AUGCUAUCUCAUCAAAUAUUAAGUUUGACUGGUAUUAGUUUCGAAAGACGGAGUAUAAUUGGUUUUGUGGAAUUAACAAUCGUCCCACUUAAAGAUAAUUUAAGAUUUAUUCGCUUAAAUGCAAAGCAAUGCCGUAUUUAUCGAGUUUGCUUAAAUGAUCAGUAUGAAGCCAACUUUCAGUACUGUGAUCCUUUUCUGGAUAUAUGUCAACCAGAUCCCAAUACGCGAUCUUUGGAGGUAUUUUCUCGAUAUCAUCUAGCAGCUGCACAAAAAGUUGACCCUGAUCAUAACUCUGGAGAACUUCAUAUUCAAGUGCCAGAUGAUGCUGCUCAUUUGGUUGGAGAAGGGAGAGGGUUGCGAAUUGGUAUUGAAUUUUCAUUAGAGUCACCACAGGGUGGUAUGCACUUUGUAGUUCCAGAGGGAGAAGGAACUUUGGUCGAGAAGUCAGCACACAUGUUCACAUAUGGCCAUUCUGCGAGACUUUGGUUUCCUUGUGUGGACAGUUUUGCAGAACCAUGUACAUGGAAAUUAGAAUUUACUGUGGAUGAAUGUUUGACUGCUGUGUCUUGUGGAGAGUUACUGGAUGUGGUGUACACACCUGACCAUAGAAGGAAGACAUUUCAUUAUGUUGUCAAUACACCAGCAUGUGCCCCUAACAUUGCACUUGCCAUUGGGCCAUUUGAGACUUACGUAGAUCCUUUUAUGAAUGAAGUAACACAUUACUGUCUACCUAAUCUCUUGCAAAUUCUAAAGAAUACUGUGAGAUAUUUACAUGAAGCUUUUGAAUUUUAUGAAGAAACUUUGUCAACGAGAUAUCCUUAUCCAUGUUACAAACAAGUCUUUGUAGAUGAGACCGAAGAUGAUGCCUCAGCGUACACCACGAUGUCUAUAUUGAGUACGCAUCUGCUCCAUUCAAUUGCUAUAAUCGACCAAACAUAUAUAAGUCGGAAAGCUAUGGCUCAGGCCGUAGCAGAACAAUUUUUCGGCUGUUUCAUUACUAUGCAGAAUUGGUCCGACUUGUGGCUCGCCAAAGGGAUUCCCGAUUAUUUAUGUGGAUUGUACUCUAAAAAGUGUUUUGGGAAUAAUGAGUACAGAUAUUGGAUACAUCAGGAGUUACAGGAGGUCGUGAGUUACGAAGAGCAAUACGGAGGAAUCGUCCUCGAUCCAUGGCAGCCGCCUGCUAGUGGUGCUCGUGUGGAACCGAAGGAUGUUUUCUAUUUCCCGGUUCGCAACGUACACACUAUGUCACCACGAUAUAUUGAGGUAAUGCGCAAGAAAUCUCAUUUGGUUCUACGAAUGUUGGAACAGAGAAUUGGUCAAGAGCUGCUCCUUCAAGUAUUCAAUAAGCAGUUAUCUUUGGCAACCAAUGCCGCAAAUACAAAGAUCGGCAGUGGUUUGUGGGGUCAUUUAUUAUUGUCAACCAAUCUGUUCGUCAAAGCUAUAUUCACUGUGACAGGAAAGGACAUGGCAGUUUUUGUUGACCAAUGGGUUCGAACUAGUGGCCACGCAAAGUUCCAGCUUACUUCAGUGUUCAAUCGAAAACGAAACACAGUGGAACUAGAAAUACGCCAAGACAGCGUCCAUGAACGCGGUAUAAGAAAGUAUGUGGGGCCGUUACUUGUGCAGUUGCAGGAGUUGGACGGUACAUUCAAACAUACCCUGCAGAUAGAGAAUACAGUGGUGAAAGCUGACAUCACAUGCCACAGCAAGAGUAGAAGGAAUAAGAAGAAGAAGAUUCCCCUAUGUACGGGCGAAGAAGUUGAUAUGGACCUGUCAGCUAUGGAUGACUCGCCGGUGCUGUGGAUCCGGCUGGACCCGGAGAUGUCGCUACUGCGGAGCACGGUGAUCUCGCAGCCGGACUACCAGUGGCAGUACCAGUUGCGUCACGAGCGUGACGUCACCGCACAGAGCGAGGCCAUCGACGCGCUGCACAACUUCCCCGAACCGGUCACCAGGAAGGCGCUCACAGACACCAUCGAGAAUGAGCAGACCUACUACAAGAUUAGGUGUCGCGCUGCUCACUGUUUGACCAAGGUGGCGAAUGCUAUGAUCAGUUCAUGGGCUGGACCGCCGGCAAUGUUGACGAUAUUCCGCAAGAUGUUCGGCUCGUUUUCGGCGCCUCACAUAAUUAAGCAGAAUAAUUUUGACAAUCUGCAGCACUACUUCUUGCAGAAAACUAUACCUGUUGCUAUGGCAGGUUUAAGAAACAUACACGGUAUUUGCCCCCCGGAAGUUGUAAGAUUUCUAUUGGAUUUGUUCAAGUACAAUGACAAUUCGAAGAAUCAUUUUUCGGACAACUAUUAUAGGGCGGCGCUAGUGGACGCUUUAGCUGCGACUAUAACACCAGUUAUUUCUGUACUGCAACCAGGUGCCCCCAUAACGGCAGAUUCCCUAUCAGCGGAUACAAAAUUAGUGCUGGAAGAGAUUACACGAAUGCUGAAUUUGGAGAAAGUGUUGCCAUGUUAUAAAAACACGGUCACAGUGAGCUGUCUUCGUGCAAUACGUCGUCUGCAGCAAUGUGGUCAUCUGCCAAGUAUCCCAACGAUAUUUAGAGCUUAUGCACAAUAUGGACAAUACAUAGACGUCCGGCUGGCGGCGUUCGAGUGCCUGGUGGACUUCGUGCGCGUGGACGGGCGGCCGGAGGAUCUGUCGUCGCUGCUGACGGCCGUGGAGAACGAUCCCGAGCCGGGCGUGCGGCACGGGCUGGCGCGCCUGCUCGUCGCCAUGCCGCCCUUCGAGCGCGCGCAGCGCCACCGCCUCGACACCGAGGCCGUCGUGCACAGACUUUGGAAUAAUAUAAACAGUCAUUUAUCGAACGAUGCAAGGCUGCGGUGCGAUCUUGUUGAUCUCUAUUUCACGUUAUAUGGACUGAAGAGGCCGAUAUGUGUGCCUUUGCCCGAGAUACAAGCUAUGAUGAAACAGAUGCACCACAAGGAGAGAGAGAGGCUAGAAAGAGAGAGGGACAGAGAGAAGGAACGCGAAAGGUUGAGGGAGUUGGAAGCGAAGCCAGUUAUCAAACAAGAAGUGGAUGACACGAACGUAAAAAUAGAGUUGGAAGUUGGAGCUGUUGAUGAACCUAUGCCCCUGGCCCCAGUGAACACGGUAAAACCAACUGUUGAGCCGGUGAUUCGAGAUGACGACUUACCCGUUCCUAUAUCCAGUAUUAAGGAGGAGGACGUUAAAAUCGACGUGGUUUCUGUGCACGAAAUGCCGUUGGGAGUUUACAGCGAUGACAACAAACGUGAGUUCAUAUCCGACAACGCGGUACCUUUGCCUGGUAUUCCGGGAUCUUCUGGACCUAUUGGUUUCGAACCGGGCAUGUUCAAGCACGACAAAGAUGAUUUAGGGACACCAAAGGCCAAGAAAAAGAAGAAAGAAAAGAAGAAGCACAAACAUAAACACAAGCACAAACAUAGUAAAGAUAAAGCUUUGAAAGACAAGGACAAACCUCUUCCAUCUAGACCACCUUCCAGCACAGAACACCUGAAAAUCAAAGAAGAAACGCGGGAAACACUUAGUUCAUUUAGUUCCAGUCAAAGUCCUUCGGAAGAUGUAUCUUCGAUGCCGUCUAACAUGAGUUUUUAA